UUUGAUCGAAAAUGCCGCGGUCACACUGAUCUCUAGAUUCCAUUAAAAUACACUAAAAAAGUAUUGUUUUCGCUUAAAAACGGGUACACGGCGUACAAUCUACGUAAUCUACGUAGCAAAAAGCCCAUAAUACGGGGUUAUACAACACACACACAAACAGACCCGCACACACAAACACACAUCAAUAGACUUUGGCCCACAGAUAGGCGCCCAGCGACGGAUAUGAGCAGCCAGGGACACCACAAGAUGCAUAGAUCGUCCUCCUCCACCGGCAAGAGUAACAAACCCGAGCAGGAGUACACCGAUGAAAUCGAUCUGUGCGACCGCUUCUCGGCGGACAUGGCACGCCUCUGCAUGAACGAACACUACUCGGACGUGGAGUUUUCGGUCGAGGAGCAGCUACUGCCGGCCCAUCGCGUCAUCCUGGCAGCGCGCAGCGAGUACUUCCGCGCCCUGCUCUACGGCGGCAUGUCCGAGACGACACAGCGACGCAUUACGCUGGAGGUGUCGCUGGAUCCGUUCAAAACGCUGCUGCGGUACAUUUACUCGGGGACGCUGCUGCUGUCCACCCUGGACGAGGAUGCCGUGAUCGAUGUGCUCGGCAUGGCCAAUCAGUAUGGCUUCCAGGAUCUGGAGAUGGCCAUAUCCAAAUAUCUGCGCCAGUACUUGGCACUCAGCAAUGUGUGCAUGAUACUGGACGCGGCGCGCCUCUACAACCUGGACGAGCUGACCAAUGUGUGUCUGGCGUUUAUGGAUCGCAAUGCACGCGAACUCCUACAGCACGACUCAUUCAAAAUGCUCUCCAAGGAAUCUCUAGAGGAAGUGCUGCGGCGGGACUCAUUUUUUGCUGCCGAAGUGCACAUCUUUCAGGCCGUUUGGAAGUGGAGCCGCUACAAUCCGAAUGUCGACAUCAAGUCGGUCGUCUCGUUCGUCCGUCUGCCACUGAUGAAUCUCGAGGAUCUGCUGCAGGUGGUGCGACCCUCCACCAUACUUGAGCCGGACAAAAUACUCGAUGCCCUGCAGGAGAGAAGUACCUCAAAGUCGCUGCCCUACCGGGCCGCCCUCUUUCCCGAUGAAAAUGUGGCCACGGAGAAGCACGAUUCGCAUUGCAUUCAGGGCGAUUGCCGGUCGGCCCUGCUCGAUGGAGAUGUCACCGACUAUGACAUGGAGAACGGCUACACGCGGCACUCGAUCACGGAGAACGAUGCCGGCAUUGUCGUCGAACUGGGCACCACAUUCAUGAUCAAUCACAUCCGCAUGCUGCUGUGGGAUAGGGACAGUCGGGCGUACUCCUACUACGUGGAAGUCUCUGGCGACAUGAUGCACUGGGAGUGCGUCGUCGACUACAGCGAGUUCCAUUGCCGCUCCUGGCAGUAUCUAUACUUUCCGGCACGUGCCGUGCGCUACAUUCGGCUAGUGGGCACACAGAACACCGUCAAUCGGGUGUUUCAUGUAGUCGGACUGGAGGCCAUGCACGCGAGCAAUGUGCCCACUUUGGUGGGUCACUUUGUGGCACCGCAGCGGAAUGUGGCCACUGUUGACCUGAGCGCCAUUGUCACGGAUGGUGUCAGUCGCACACGCAAUGCGCUGAUCAACGGGGAUUAUGUGCGCUAUGACUGGGACUCGGGGUAUACCUGCCAUCAGCUGGGCAGCGGCGAUAUCGUUGUACGCCUGGGGCAGCCCUAUCACGUGGGAUCGAUGCGUCUGCUGCUGUGGGACUGCGACGAUCGCACCUACAGCUUCUACAUUGAGACCUCGACGAAUCGUCGCGACUGGCAAAUUGUGGUGGACCGGCGCAACAACAAGGUGCGCUCCUGGCAGAACUUUCACUUUACGCCCCGGCCCGUUGUGUUCAUACGGAUUGUGGGCACCAGAAAUACAGCGAAUGAGUCCCAAAUACAGAUAUUCCAUUGCGUCCAUCUCGAGUGCCCCUCGCAGGACAAGAGCUAUCUGAAGGAGAAGGAGAAGGAAAAGGAGUUUGGGCGGGAGCGCGAUAGGGAACGCGAACGAAAGCGAGAUCUGGGCAAUCUCCUUAAGCCGAUUGUCCCAACAAGCGAUGACAACAUUGCCUCCACUUCAGCGUCAGCUAUAGCAGCCCUUGCAGCCAUCAGCAGCUCAUCAUCAUCAUUGGCAUCGCGCUUGACUGUUGAGCUCAGCCAGAACGAACUUAAAGCAUACAGCCCUGCUUCGACGCAGCCACCUACUGAGGCACUGCUCGAUGUUACAUCGAAAGCCGAGUACACACCAGACGAAGACGCCUUAGCGCCGCCUUCCCCAGUAACAGAAUUCACACCAGAACCAGCGGCAGCAGUAACAACUGAACCAACCCCACGACACGAGCAGGAAAAGGAAAAAGAGCAGAGACAGGCGGCACUGCCGCCUCAACCUCAAGCAGAUGUUGAGACAGUACCAACACCGCUGCUGGUCGAGCUGGAGACAAGUGAGCCAGCAGCAGGAGCAGUAGCAGCAGCAGCAGCGAUAGUGGCAGUGGUUCCUCCUUCCCCGCGACGCUGAGUGCUGAUUGAACGAGUUUUGUACUUUGUACUUUGUUUUUGUUUUUAAUUUUUUUUUUUACGAGUGUCCGCCACUCUAAAAUACUCCUGUGGUCAAAUUGUAAUUGUUGUAGACGCGGUAGGCUCACUGCCACCCAUUGAGCACCCCAUUUGCAGAGAGUGUGUCGGUGUGUCUCCAGUUUAUUUGCAAUCCUGCACCGUAUUUGUUAUCUAGUCCUUCCCAGUGCCGUCAACCCAAGACACGCUCGAAACAUUCGCAUCGCUAAUUGUUGUUUUUACAUACGUUUUACGCGUAUUUUAAUUGUUUUAUAAAUUAUUUGUUCCAAUACAUUUUAUUGGAAUUGAUCGAGUAUCGAGGAUCGCGGAGCCUACCCCUUUGUUUGCCAGGCAUCAGAGUUAUUUGAUAAGUUAAUAGUACCCUUUAUUUGUACAAAAUUGUGUAGUCGAACCAAAAGUGUAUACGAUAUUCAGCCCGGGGCAACGGAAGUGUCUCUUCACAUGCCAGAAUUGAUGAACAUUUUUAAAAUAUU